UUCACAUUCACGUUCACCCCUCCGACUCCCAUUACGACCACAAACACCCCUCACAAGGCUUUACACGUCAAUCAAUCAGUACAACACAAUCCCAAAAUGCCUCCGUCAGCGGUCGAACCCGUGAUAACCCCUUCGGAACAACCCUCCACCAAAUCCACACCCUCGACCUCAACCUCAAUACCAUCACAACCCUCAAAUCCCUCUCAUGAAGAACACCAAUACCUCAAUCUGAUCCGCGAGAUCCUCACCAACGGCGAGCACCGCCCAGAUCGUACAGGCACGGGCACAUACUCCGUCUUCGCGCCUACGCCCCUCAAAUUCGCCCUCUCCAAACCCUCAACCUCCCCUUCAGAACCCAACACCCUCAUCCUGCCCCUCCUCACAACCAAGCGCGUCUUCCUCCGCGCCGUCAUCGCCGAACUCCUCUGGUUCAUCGCAGGCUCCACGUCCGCCGCCCCCUUGGCCGCCGCCGGAAUCAAGAUCUGGGACGGCAACGGCUCCCGCGAGUACCUCGACUCUGUCGGUCUCAGUCACUACGCCGAGCAGGAACUCGGCCCCGUCUACGGCUUCCAAUGGCGACACUUCGGUGCCGAGUACGAGGGCCCUAACGCAGACUAUACGGGCAAAGGCGUCGACCAACUCGCAGAGGUCAUCGAUAAACUAAAGAACAAGCCGUACGACCGCCGCAUCAUCCUCAGCGCGUGGAACCCCGCCGAUCUGGGCAAGAUGGCGCUCCCACCUUGCCACAUGUUCGCCCAGUUCUACGUGUCGUUCCCCGGCGCGGGACGAGGCGUGCGGACGGAAGAGGGCAAGGACAGAGGGAGGGGCGUGCUACAUAGUGUGCUGUAUCAGAGGAGUUGCGAUAUGGGACUUGGCGUGCCGUUCAAUAUCGCGAGUUAUGCGCUACUGACGCAUAUGCUCGCUUCGGUUUGCGAUCUGACGCCGGGGACGUUCACACAUACGAUGGGUGAUGCACAUGUCUACCUCGACCAUGUCGACGCGUUAAAUGUGCAGUUGGAGAGGGAGCCGAGGGAGUUUCCCGAGUUGAGGAUUAAGAGGGAAAUUGGGGGUAGUAUCGAUGGAUGGGCUGUUGAGGAUUUCGAGAUCGUGGGGUACGAGCCGCAUAAGACGAUUGCCAUGAAGAUGAGCGUUUGAGCACCGAUAUCUGUGUAUAAAGGGGGAGUUAUAGACCAUGAUUGUACAUGACGUUUGAAUAGAUGGGACAACCCGUACAUACGCAGACCAUAUAUCCACGAUUUGCUUUUCCAUGCAUGUCACGUCUCCUCAUCCCUCCUUACAAACACAACGCGAACGGUUCAAGAUUCAAUCCACCACACCGCAAGUGCAUUAGGUAAGAAACGCUCCCUCGAUUCCGGACGGAGGCACUCUCUAUUCAUCUAACUACCUCGACUUACACGAUAUACCCAUGAACGCAUACACCAUGUUCAAAUUCAAUAAAGCUACAUGUAUGCCUCCCUAGGGGCUAGCUUGAGAAUACAGUCUUUGGAGCACGAUAGUCGAGAUACAGG